AUUCCAUGGGGCCAAUUUUUGGACUCGAAGCUAACUUCUGAAUACAGCCACACUACGGGAUUGUAAAAUGCAAAAUAUCACAGGGGCAUAAUCGUAAUUUAAACAUAAACUGCCUGUUCAGACAUAUGAAAGAUAUGCUUUGUCAGAGUUUCAGAACAAGUCUUUCCCAUGCUUACCACUUCACCUCUCUCUCUCUCCUCUUCUUCACUGUAACCUCCCAAUUCCAAAAAAUUAUAUCCCAAACUUGAUUGUAUAAUUUUCUUUAUCAUCUCUCUAAGAAAUGCAAGAUAUUCAUGAUUACUCGAUGACCGGAGUUGGCGGUGGAGGAGGUGGAGGAGGGAGGUUUUUCGGUGGAGGAAUGGGCGGUGGAGGAGGUGGAGAUCGGAGGAUGAGAGCUCAUCAGAACAAUAUACUUAACCAUCAUCAAUCUCUCAAGUGUCCUCGUUGUAAUUCUCUUAACACAAAGUUUUGUUACUAUAACAAUUACAAUCUUUCUCAGCCUCGACACUUUUGCAAGAACUGUCGUCGUUACUGGACUAAAGGUGGUGUUCUCCGUAACGUUCCCGUCGGAGGUGGUUGCCGGAAAGCUAAACGUUCGAAAACAAAACAGGUUUCGUCGUCGUCCUCAGCCGACAAACCAACGACAACGCAAGAUGAUCAUCACGUGGAGGAGAAAUCGAGUACGGGAUCUCACUCUAGCAGCGAGAGCUCUUCUCUCACCGCUUCUAACUCUACCACCGUCGCCGCUGUCUCCGUCACCGCGGCGGCAGAGGUUGCUUCGUCGGUUAUUCCCGGGUCGGUUAUUCCCGGUUUUGAUAUGCCUAAUAUGAAACUGUACGGGAACGGGAUCGAGUGGUCGACGUUACUCGGACAAGGCUCAUCGGACGGUGGAGUUUUCUCUGACAUCGAGGGUUUUACGGCGGCGUCGGCUAUUGGAACGACAGCGUUUGGAUUCGGGGGUAAAUUCGUAAAUCAAGACGAUCAUCUGAAGUUAGAAGGUGAAACUGUACAGCAGCAGCAGUUUGGAGAUCGAACGGCUCAGGUUGAGUUUCAAGGAAGAUCUUCGGAUCCGAAUAUGGGAUUUGAACCGUUGGAUUGGGGAAGUGGCGGAGGAGAUCAAACACUGUUUGAUCUAACCAGUACCGUUGAUCAUGCAUACUGGAGUCAAAGUCAAUGGACGGCGUCUGACCAAGAUCAGAAUGGUCUCUACCUUCCUUGAUUCUCUGAUCAUAACUUCUUCUGCUUAACCCAAAUAUAUAUAUCUCAUACACAUAAGGUAAAGUUCGAUGAAGUGGUUUAUUUUAUUUUAUUUUUAUGGGUUUAAAACGGGAUUUAUUAUUAUAUGACUGUUUGAAAUAUAAAUUUUACCUUCGUUUUUUGGUUAGUUUUUGGAAUAUCCCAAGAGUGCAAAUUUAUGUGGCAUGGUUUUAAUUUGGCUUCGGUUCAGUUUUGGAACUGGCCUUUUUACUUAUCGUUGUAUAUUUGAUAAGAUUUUAAUUUUCUGGGAUUUUUUUUGGUUUUCAUUGAUGUAUCUAUUAAAUUUAUAUAUUGAUUGGGCAUACAAAUCUUGUCUUCAUGCUUCUUUUUUGAUUAUGCGUUUUCUUUUGGCUU